AUGAAUCCUCUGCCGCGAAGGGCAUCCCUCAUCAGUCACCAUAUAGACACCUUCGAUGUCUCCCUCACAAGAAGCUUCACUGGAGGCGCUGAGAGAUAUGCAAGUUCAGUGGUUGCAGCGACUACCGGCCCCAUCGACGAACCCCGGUCACCGAGCUAUGAAGUGAGAUGGAUUGAUGGAGACCCCGAGAACCCUCGCAAUUGGUCACUCUUAUACAGGACGAUCGUGGUUGCAUCAAUGGGAUACAGUGCAACGGUCAUCACUCUCGCCAGUACGUGCUAUUCAGUGACAAUUCCAGGCCUGGAAGACGAGCUUGGAAUUACCAAGAUUGUGGGCCUUCUAGGAAUCACCACAUAUCUCUUGGGAAUGGCAGCAGGAAGCCUGCUCUUGGCGCCAGUGAGCGAAAUGUAUGGCCGUCGCCCCGUGUAUUUUGUGUCUGUGGGUCUCUUUACUAUAAUGACUUUUCCAGUUGCCUUGGCCCACAACAUCGAAACUAUUUUGGUCUUUCGCUUCCUAAGCGCAUUUUUUGGAAGCGCCAUGGUAUCAAAUUCACCUGGUUCUGUCAGUGAUGUGGUCUCGGAUCAUCACCGUCCUAUGGCAUUUGGAUUCUGGGCUAUUGGUCCAUUGAACGGACCAGUCCUCGGUUCGAUCCUGGGCGGUUUUAUUUACCAAUAUCUUGGUUGGCGAUGGACGAACUGGAUUAUCAUGAUAAUGGGUGGGUUGUCAUUUGUGUUAUUGGCUUUUGUCAAGGAGACAUAUACACCCAUCCUGCUUCGAAAGCGAGCCCAGAAGGAAAGAGCCGACACAAAUGACCCUAAGUGGUGGAGCGCUUAUGAUAACAAUCUCCCUUUUCUGUCAUUCUGUCGUAUCAACAUCAGUCGCCCAAUUGUUAUGAUAUUGACCGAACCUAUUUGUAUCUUCUGGGACUCAUACGUCGCGGUUUCAUACGGUAUACUUUACCUCUGUUUCGUGUCAUAUCCGAUUGCCUUUCAAACAAACCGAGGCUGGUCACCAGGCAUUGGCGGGCUCUCAUAUCUUGGAAUAGGAUGUGGGACAUUGAUCACCAUAUUCAUGGAGCCUGUUUUGAGAUGUUGGAUCCGUUCCCAUCCCAAAGACCCAGAAACAGGCGUUGUGCCACCAGAAGCCACCGUGAAGCCAAUAACAGUCGGGGCUAUUUGUUUAGCCGUUGGCCAAAUUUGGUUUGCGUGGACCUCAACCCCUAACGUGCACUGGGUUGUGCCCAUCUUAGCAGGGAUCCCAUUCGGGGCUGGGAAUGCUGCCUUGUUCAUUUAUUCGAGCAAUUACCUUGCUCAUUCGUAUGGGCAGUACGCUGCUUCGGCAUUGGCUGGCAACACGGUCGUAAGGAGCAUUCUGGGUGCUGUGCUGCCACUCGCGGGUCCUUCUAUGUACGCCACUUUGGGUCUCAACUGGGGCGGUUUCCUUUUGGGAAUGGCGGAGACAAUUUGUAUCUUGAUACCUUUCGUUUUUCUGUAUUAUGGUCAUCGAAUUCGGCGGGCGAGUCCCUUGAUUCAGCAAAUGCAACAAGAGAGGGAUGCUAGGUUGGGAGCAACUAGGGCUUUUGAGGAUAACCCAAAGUUCAGCGCAUCCUGA